UCUUCCAACACAUUACACUCACACACUCUCUCUCUCUCUCUCCUUCUUCUUUCUCUCUCUAGAGCAUCACACGAAUCUCCGGCUGUCCGUUUCACUUUCGGAGCUGCUCCGUCUCGGCGGCGAGAAAGGCCGAGUUCUCGAUUCGGUUGCCGUAACCUAAUUCGCCGUUCAAUCCGCAUUUCUUCCUCGGAUCGAAUCUCUCUCGCUCAUCCUUCUCCGUUUCCUCGAAUCGUGAAUUUGAAGUGGCGAAGAACUCGGAAUUCCAGUGAUUCAGUAGCUCCGAACAGUCUUGAGUCAGACAAUUUUCUGACGGCAACUUUUUUUUCCCCAUCUAUAUAUGUAGCUGCUGGAUGUCAACAUCAAUCAGAGAAAAGCAUUAUAAACCUUUGUGUAUCAGAUGAAUUAUAAUAGCUAUUGUGUGCUUGACCAGUGCCGCUAUGGGCAUCUGUCCGGUGAAAUGGCAAGUCUUGUGGCUUUACAGUGUACUGUUGUGCAUCACAGUGAUUAAAAGCAGUGCUAUAAGUGCCGAUGGUGAGGCACUUUUAAGCUUUAGGACAGCAAUUGUUAGUUCAGAUGGCGUCCUUCUUCAAUGGAGACCUGAGGAUGCUGACCCUUGCCACUGGAAAGGAGUUAAAUGUGAUUCAAAAACCAAGAGAGUAAUUUAUCUGAGUCUUUCGGGACGUAAGUUGAGUGGGUUUUUGUCAUCUGACCUUGGGAAGCUAGGGCAGUUGAAAAUUUUAUCUCUUCACGAUAAUAAUUUCUAUGGAACAAUUCCUUCAGAACUGGGAAAUUGCACGUUGUUGCAAGGAAUUUACUUGCAGGGUAAUUACUUAAGUGGCUUAAUACCAAGUGAAUUAGGAAGGCUUCAAGAGCUGACAAAUCUGGACAUUUCAAGCAACUCUCUCAGUGGAAAUAUCCCUGUUUCCCUAGGGAAAUUGGAUAAACUCAUUAGUCUGAAUGUUUCGAACAAUUUUCUUGUUGGACCAAUACCGUCUGAUGGUGUGCUUAUCAACUUUCCAGAGAGCUCCUUUGUUGGAAACCGUGGUUUAUGUGGGAAGCAAAUCAAUUUGACUUGCAAAAAUGACAGUGGAGGACCAGCGACGAAUUCUCAAUCUUCAAACUCAGCACAAAAUCAAGCUGGUAAGAAGAAGUACUCUGGCCGGCUACUAAUCAGUGCAUCAGCAACUGUUGGGGCACUACUUCUUGUGGCGCUUAUGUGCUUCUGGGGCUGCUUUCUUUAUAAGAAGUUUGGCAAACAUGACAGUAAAAGUUUUGUGAUGGACAUUGGUCGAGGUGCUUCAAUUGUAAUGUUCCAUGGAGACUUGCCUUAUUCUUCAAAAGACAUCAUUAAGAAAUUGGAGACUUUGACUGAAGAACACGUUAUAGGUACUGGUGGUUUUGGGCAAGUAUACAAGCUCGCUAUGGAUGAUGGCAAUGUCUUUGCCUUGAAAAGAAUUAAAAGGAUAAAUGAAGGUUUUGAUCGUUUUUUUGAGAGGGAGCUUGAAAUUCUUGGAAGUAUAAAGCAUCGAUACCUAGUGAAUUUGAGGGGUUAUUGCAACUCUCCUACUUCAAAGUUGUUAAUUUAUGAUUUUCUACCUGGUGGUAGCCUCGAUGAAGCUCUUCAUGCUGAACGAUCUGAGCAGUUGGAUUGGGAUGUGCGCUUAAAUAUUAUUAUGGGAGCAGCAAAAGGGCUAGCCUACUUGCAUCAUGAUUGUUCACCUAGGGUUAUACAUCGUGACAUAAAGUCGAGCAACAUUUUACUUGAUGGCAAUCUUGAGGCUCGAGUUUCUGAUUUUGGACUUGCCAAACUCUUGGAUGAUCAAGAAUCACACAUCACCACGAUUGUUGCUGGAACGUUUGGUUAUCUUGCUCCAGAGUACAUGCAGAGUGGCAGAGCGACUGAAAAAACUGAUAUAUAUAGUUUUGGGGUCCUGGUGCUUGAAGUGUUGAGUGGAAAGCGACCCACGGAUGCUUCUUUUAUUGAAAAGGGCUUCAACAUUGUUGGCUGGUUAAAUUUUCUGGUAACGGAGAAUAGGCAGAGAGAGAUUCUUGAUCCGCUGUGUGAAGGAGUGCAGUCUGAAAGCCUUGAUGUGUUGAUCUCAGUUGCCUGCCAAUGUGUUUCGUCAAAUCCUGAAGAUCGGCUGACUAUGCAAAGGGUGGUCCAGGUGCUGGAGUCUGAGGUCAUGACUCCAUGCCCAAGUGACUUUUACGAUUCCAACUCUGAUUGAAAAAGACUGAUUUGGUUUGAAUUGGAUCUCAUAUCCCUGUUUCUGCCACUUAAAGGAGUAGAGCAAACAUUAGAAGGGGCUUCGGAUCUGAUAAGGUUCACAUCUCUAUUCAAUUCGUUCAUUCUUUCUGAAGAUUUAUGACAUUUUGAAGAUGGCCUUCAUCAUCUGUGCCCCUUUCACCAUUAAUCAAGCAUUUUAUUGGUCACCAAAGUGAUUGUCGUUGCAGUUUGAUGUUUUGUACUCACUUUGCCAGUGUGCAUUCAACUUCUCCACGCGAAUGAAGUUCUACAUGGUUGAGUCAUUUAUUUAUAUCCAUUUUCUUUUUUUGUUCUUUUUUCUCCCUCUUCUUUUGUAACCCCUUGUAGCCUUUUCUUAUGCUUAAUUAAGUGUAUAUUACAUUUGUACAAAUCAAAUGUGGUUCUUUCUCAAAGAUUCCUCUUUAUUUAUUUUUGUAAAAUAUGUUUUAAUCAUAAGCGUUAGCUCA